AUGGCAAGCUCUGAAAGUGCAGGGUCUGGAAAUAAUGGUUUGCUUAGAGUAAGACUCUUAAACGUUCAAGAGGCUCCGCGCCUCUCUCAAGCAGAGCAAAAGAUUCGAAAUGACGCGAUGCAGAGCUUGGACUUGCAAAAAGCUUGGGAAGAGGGGCCAGAGGGAAAUGAGUUCAUACAAGCAAACUGUUUCAGUGUGCGACCAUCUCAAGCACUCGUCGACAAAAAAAUCAGAAUACGCAGAUACAAAAUCAUUUUUGGCAAGCUUCAGUUACCAUUACGAAAUAGAGAAGACGUCAGAGACUUAUUUGAGGAAAUACUCAAGCAACAUAAGCCUCAAAGCACCUCAUGGACAUCCGACUACUACUCUUGUAUCAUUUCUACUGAUCCUCUUUACAGCGAAUGCUCGGACGAACCGGGCUCUGCCAUAUCUAUUGGACACGAGCAAACUAUCCAACUCAAUGAUCGAAAGCAAACAAUAAAAAUGACCAGUACUCUAUACUUUGAAGGAUUUUUCGACAUAGAUUCUCUCAGAAGUUAUUUGCGACCAAGAAGAGCUUCAACUCAGCAGUCAUCAGACACGAGUCUUUCAAGACAGGACGGAAACUACUUGCCUCUUGAGGACCUUAGAGCCCUGAACCUCAUCUCAUGGGACAUAAUAAACAGUUCUUCCUUCAAAGGAGGUCGAGUUGGAAAAAAGUUUUAUCCUCAUUGUAACCCGAGACGGAUUGUCAAUCGAUCGAACACCAGGUUCAUCCCUCCUCAGCAUUAUGUGUACGAUAUACAUAUGGGCUUCUUUACGUCCAUGCUUCCUGGCCCCCAAUCAAUACUUCUCAAUGUAAACACAACCACAACGGCUUUCUUCCCUUCCAAGAUGAAUUUGCAAACUUGGUUAGAUGCGCGCUGGGGACACUCGUCUAGUUAUACCGGUGUUGCUCCGCGAACUGGAAAAAAUGAAAUCAAGGGAGUGCAAGUAACUUUCGAUUUGGAUCAAGUCCCCAGAAAAUAUAUCAUCUCGGAUGUGCAUGAUUUGUGUGUUUUUAAGGCGAAUUCAGGAGUAUCACCUCAAAAUGAUUCUUCAAAGUCGGUCUGGAAAGACAUGCAAAGUUGCUACCCUGGUUCCGCUCACAAAUUCAGCAAGACUGCUUCUUGUGUCAAUGUUGGAAAUAGUUCUCAUCCAAAACUAUUGCCAGCAGACCAUCUACGGAUUUGCGAGUGGCAAACAGUCCAUGGGAAAUUAGACAAUCUAUUCACUGCGCAAAUGUUAGGAUUCGCGAAGAAAACGCCUUUUGAAAAUGAACAAGAGAUAAUGAACAAAGCUCUCAUACCACUGGGCAUAAAACCCCCGGUUUCUCAGAUUGUGCCGUGGAAAUCUCCAUAUGAGAAAUAUGGCUUAACCGUGGAAAGAAAGCUGUUAAAUGUAUCCUCGAGACAUUUGGCCCACCCAUCUUUAACAUUCAGACCAGGAAAAACUAAAAAACUUAUCAGCGCCUCCUGGAACCUGAGCGAUGUGAAAGAAUUCAAUCUAGCCCAAAAAUACUCUGAGCUUAGGAUUAUUUGUGUGACUAGAGAGGAGAACAUUUCCGAUGAACAAAAAAAGAUUGUUUCAAAGUUCGCGGAGGCUCUCGCAACUCAACUGAAAGGACAUGGCCUUCAGACACAAUCUUUCAAAGGGAACGUACCCACCGUUGCCUGGCCAAAAGUAAACGAAGAGAAGAAGCCUUUCAAAACUGCGGCCGAGAGACGAGAAGUAGUCAAUGGUCUUCUAACUACUUGUUUGAAGAGAGGUAACGUGACCCGUCUCGUAUUUGUGAUAUUACCCGAUAAAGACGCCGCGAUCUACUCUGAUAUAAAAUGGUGGGGAGAUUGCAAUCUUGGUAUAGCGACGAUUUGUGUUUGCCCACCAGCGGUGAGAAACAAAAGUUCUGGUAUUCUAGACAACUUGAGCCUCAAAGCUAAUUUCAAGCUUGGUGGUACAAACCAUAUCAUAGGUGAUGUCAAAGAGCCAUCGAAACUCAUCCGGUCCAUCCGAAAUGAUUCCCUAAUGAUUGUCGGUGCUGAUGUUAGUCAUCCUGGCAAAGGGUUGGAUCCUGAAUGCCCAUCCAUCGCCGGCGUAGUCGCUUCUUUUGAUUCCAAAUUCUGUCAUUUUGCUGCAUCUGCUCGCCUCCAACCAAAUAAUGAAGAGGAAGAAAAUGAAGGGAAUCUUCCCCUGAACAUUCUUUUUUACCGAGAUGGCGUUAGUGAGAGUCAAUUUGGCAUGGUACUUACUCAAGAGCUUCCACAAAUCGACAAAGCUUGUAAGGAAUUCAUGGAGAAGCAAGGAAAAUCUGAUGUUCGUGUCACGUUGCUAGUCGUCACGAAGCGCCACCACACCCGUUUUUUCCCGCUUAACUUGAACAAGAAUACCGAGAAUAUAAGUGGGGGUCUGGUGGUUGACAAGCACAUCGUGAAUCCGAAUCAAAUGAGCUUUUUCCUUCAAAGCCAUGAUUCCCCGCUGGGGACAGCACGAUCAGCGCACUACACUGUCAUCGCUAAUCAAUGCAAAUUGACUUUGGAUCAACUAGAACAGGUGACACAUAAAUUAUGUUUUGUGGGUUCUCGCGCGCUUAAGGGAUUAUCUGUCUGCGUUCCAGCAAGAUAUGCAGAUAUCCUUUGCGACCGGCUCCGGUGUUAUAUGAAGCCUGCGCUAGAUGGAGGACUUCGUCAUACUCAGGAUCAGAUGCAGAAGAGUAAAGAUCCACUCGCUCACUAUCACGGGGCACAGCAGGCGUGGAUUUGCCCGGGAACUAAACAAACUAAUCCCUGGCACUGUAAUCUGAACAACAUCAUGUUCUAUUUGUAAUUUACAGGAGAGUUUAUGUCUUUAUCAUGAGUUCUUUAUGAGUGCUUUUCAGGUGUUAUACUUUCGGGUUUGAUUUCUUA